AUGGCGAGAAAUGCGACCAGUGAGAAACCCUACAUUCCAGGCAGGAAGGAUGGAGACCGAGAGGUACACUUGGACAGGCAAGGAUUCUUGCGGGACAUCAAACCGGCAGGCUUGAUGAGGGUGGUGAUGGCGGGAAGUUACAGCAACAGUAAAGAAGACGUUCAUAAGCGUCGCCCAAUAUUUUCGAAUCCAUCAGAUCUCUAUGGCUAUCUUUUCAAAAUUUACAAGAGCCUCCCGGCUGCAAGCGCAGACUACCUCUUCCCUCACGCCCGUACGCUAUAUGAGAACAAACUCGAAGAGAACCCACCUGUCGACAUAAUCAAGAUCACAAAGAAAGCUCGAUAUGCGAUGAUCAAGAAUAUGUGGCCUACAGAUGUGCACCAGCGCAUGACGAUAGCCCACAGGAUAUAUCGUCCCUUUGCAGCUUACGUCGACUUUGACGCCAUAUUCAAUACGCCAGACACAGCACCACCAGAAGUUUUGGACCUCUGUCGCCGCUGGCGGAACUAUAUCAAGCAUUGUUGCAUCCUUGGCAUGGAAGCCACGAUCAGGAUUCGGUUGCCACCUCGGGUUCGUGACGGUGGUCACGGAGCUCGCUCGAAGGACUACACGUUCUCUGACUACUGGAGAGCGAUAACGAAGCAACUCGACUUUGUGAAGCCGCCGCAGAUUGAGGACCUCCCGGUUCUCAUGGACCGAGAGGAGGUGGGAGCACUGGUCAGCGAGGACGCUGAUCGCGUUCCUAAGUUCGAUGACGAUGAGUGA